AUGCAUUCUCAAUCCAACCAACCCUGUCGCCGUGCACGAUUUUUAUCAGCACUCAAAUUAUCGGAUAAGCCUAACAAGGCUGUCGGUAUCUCGUCCUCGAAUUUUAAACGUGCCAAAGCCUAUGAAAUGGCUCAUCCGAAACCGGUGGUGAAACCCACACUGGACCUAUGUGAUCCGCUCUUGGUGGCUUUGGCUCGAUCGGCCAACACCUCAACUUCCAACCGAUACGCUCUUCAAAGAUCCACAAAGAUUCCUGUCCGUGUUCCAGCCGGGUUCCCAGUGAAUCAAAACUUUAGUCAAAGGGUACUUUGUACCUUUGAUGAUGUAAACAACGAGACGGACGAAGUUGUUGCGGAUGAAGAUGAAGACUUGGACCAAUCCGAUCCAAUGUUGGCAGCUUUGGCUCGGUCGGCUAACAACGCGACGUCCCGCCGAUACGCAAGCCAGCGAUCGACGAAAGUUCCUAUCCGCGUUCCUGCUGGUUUCCCCGUAAACCAGAAUUUCAGCCAAAAGGUCAUUCACCCCUUUGAAACUGUAAAGACCAAGGUGGAAGUCGCUGGACCUAGUGCGGACAAGGAUGUUAUUUCGUCUUCACAACACGGAAAGUCAAAAGGCAUCGACUUUCCGAGAUCAGAGAUGCACAAAUCUCAAAACGAUGCCGACUUGGUUGACUGGUCAAUUUCUACGCCAGUCCGAGUCCCAAGAAAGCACAGACAGACACUGCCCAGCAAAGUGUCUUCAACUUUCUUCACACCGGGUCUCACUGUUUCAUCGUCUCCAGCCACAUCUAGUGUGGUAUCACCCAUUGGCUGUAGUUCCAAGAUGCCAACUUCGACUCCAUCAUCGAGAAGAAUUGUGUCAACCGGACCAAGUUCGGCCACCCCAAGGUGGUUGAGUAAGACGCAACCUACUCCAACUCACAAGGAGAAGCUUUAUACGAUUCACGAAGCUUUACUCUCUCCUUUCGGAUUACCUUCUUCGGCUCCUGAGGUGAUUCAUGGUGGUAAAACGCACGCUGAAGUUUUGGCCGGUUUAGAAUUCUUAAACAAAUUCUAUAGUGAGAUGUGA